UAAGAGCAUGUGUUGAGGUUUCAUGUUUCAGGUCAUUCUUCUUAAAAUAAUGGCAUUCUGCAUUGCAUCAGUUCAGUAAAUGCUACGCCAUUGGUAGGGAUAAAAUGGGAUAAUAGCCAAAACGUGACUGUGUUUUCUGCCAGUGUCUGUAUCAGAUUUAAGACACAUGCUUCUGCAGGCUUCCAUGAAGGCUGAGGAAAAAAGUUUCAAUGCAGAGUUGGAUUACAGCUCUCCCUGGCUCAAAACAUUGGCAGUUAACACUGUUGUUUUAAAAGGAAGCUGUAACAUGGAGCACCAAGAAAUCCCAGCAGAUUUUAACCUUCUCUGGACCACAAAUGAGUAUUGACUUUCUUUUUUUAAAGUUUUUAUCCAGGUGGGAGAUGGAUAAAGGUGGAUUAAGUUUAUGAACUGAAAACACAUUUUUUUUGGUCAUAUGGAAAUAUUUUUCUAUACUUUUUAAUAUUUUUUAAUCUAAAGAGCAUCAACAGGAAAGAGAUGACAUUACUCAUGUGAAUUCCACUCAUUAUUUUUAAAACUGUAAUUGUUUACUUCUGAUGUAUAUUCAUUAGGUUUACAGCAGAUGGUGGAAAAUGAUCUGGUUGUGCCUUUUUUAACAAUUAACACUUCAUAAAGAAAUGCAUAACUUUUCCAACUGCGCAAUAUCAACUGUGUAGCAAAGUGUGGUUAUUAAACACAAGGAUGUACAAGCCGUGGAUAACGGUAAACAUAAUUAUUGUGUCUUGCUUACAUCUCCUGCAAGGUUCUGAACAUGGAUCUGUAAAGAGAACAGCACUUUCUGCCUUGGAGUGGUCAGAGCAACAGAUCAGGAAUGCUGCCAGUUUAGAGGAGCUCCUUCGAAUUACCCAUUCUGAGGACUGGAAGCUGUGGAAGUGCCGACUAAAACUCAAGAGUGUGGCUGCCUUAGAUUCUAGAUCUGCCUCACACCGCUCCACAAGAUUUGCCGCGGCUUUCUAUGAUAUCGAGAUGCUCAAAAUCAUAGAUGAGGAGUGGCAAAAGACUCAGUGUGUUCCACGGGAAACCUGCGUGGAAGUGGCCAAAGAGUUGGGUGCAACCACCAAUACAUUCUUCAAGCCUCCCUGUGUGAACGUGUACAGAUGUGGUGGAUGCUGCAAUGAAGAGAGCCUCAGCUGUAUGAACACUAGCACCUCUUAUGUGUCCAAAAUGCUUUUUGAGAUUUCUGUGCCUUUAACGAAUGUUCCAGACCCAAUCCAAGUUAAAAUUGCAAACCACACAGGAUGUAAGUGUCUAACAAAUGUUCAGCGCCAAUCAUAUACUGUUAUACGAAGGUCUGUCCAGGAUCCAGAGGUAGAUCGCUGCCCCCAUAUAAACAAACUGUGUCAUGAAGGAUGGAUUUGGGAUAGCAGUAGAUGUGAAUGUGUUGUCGACGAAGACCAUCCUGGAAGAAGGGAAGGACUGCCUCCUCUCGCUGAACUUGCGAUGUGUGCACCAAAUAUGGACUUUGAUGAGGAAAACUGUGAGUGUAUCUGUAAAUGGAAGUGCGCUGGAAAUUUAUUUCAGAACAAAGAGAACUGCAGCUGUUACUUGUGUACAGAGAGCCAGGAAAGCUGCUUUCAGAAACACAAGACCUUUAAUGCAGAAACAUGCAGUUGUGAAGAUAAAUGCCCGUUCCAGUCCAGAAUGUGCCCACCUGCACGACCGGUUUGUUCAAGGCACUGUCGUUGCCUGAGAGGAGGAAGAAGCCCUUAUGGGUCCCAAAGCAAAGAAAACCCUUAGCUGUGCUUUUAUUUCCUGUAUCAAACACCACACUGCUUUGCAAAGUAGCUGCCUGUCACUAUAUUAAUCAUGGGUAUAUGGUUGACUUUACUGGUAAAAACACAAAAUCCAGUGUGUAUUCAUGAAUAAGGUGGAUCUGCAAAGACAUUGUCAUCUAGCCUCAGACCUCUGCUGCCAGAAAUUAUCUUUAUUCUGUCAAAGGUCCCUAAAAAGGACUUAAAUUAUUGUAGUGUGGAAAGAAACAGGUUAUGACUGAAAGAGAGAGAAUAAUCACCCUGCAGCUUGGAAAUGUUGAAACCUGUUUUACUGCCCUUUUACCCCAUAAAUAUCACUGAGCAUAUGCCUUUAGGGUAAUACUUUCAGAUCUGCCGAAGUUCCUUUCCCUAAUGCAAUCAGCACUGAAUAUUUGAUCUACUGUUUGUCUUUUUUUAGUAUUUGGUUUUAUUGUAGAACUACUACCUGAUGUGACAUAUUUAAAAUGUAUAUAGGAAAUAAAGGCAUUGAUUAUUAA